UCUUCAUCUUGUGACCACAUAUGUCCGAGUAAAACAGUGCAGGACCCAUCAGGCGGUUGGAAUCAUAAGUGCACACAGGGAGGAGAAGACUUUUUGUGAGUGGCUCAAAUUCUAAGACAAAUUUUUACAAUCAAAUCGGAGUUUGAAUGAAAAUUUAGAGGAAGAAAGAAGGGAACAUGGUGUUCUUCGUUAGAAAAGGAGCAUCUGGGUUUUCAUCCAGUAGUACAGCUGAAGAAGUGACCCAUGGAAUUGAUGAUGCCUCUGGUCUUACUGCCAUUGUUACUGGAUCAACAAGCGGUAUUGGUGCUGAGACUGCACGUGUUCUUGUAAUGCGAGGAGUUCAAAUUGUCAUGGCAGUCAGGAACACGGUUGCGGGUACGGCUGCAAAACAAACAAUAUUGGAGGAAACUCCAUCUGCUAAAAUUGAAGUAUUCGAGUUAGAUCUUAGUUCCAUGGCGUCAGUGAGAAAGUUUGCCGCAGAGUUCAAGUCCUUGGAUCUUCCGCUUAACAUCCUUAUCUCUCCCGCAGGCAGGCUGGUUAGGUUGGUUUUGCAAACAUGUUGUUACCCCGGCUGGAAAGGUUAUGGGAAAAAAUAUUCAACAGGGGGCAUCUACGACAUGCUACGUCGCGUUACAUCGGAGUAACAAAGGCGUAGCGGGAGAAUACUUUGUAGACAACAACAUUUCAAAAGCAACUUCUCAAGCAACAGAUUCAGAAUUAGCAAAGAAGCUUUGGGAUUUCUCCAUGUAUUUGAAAAAGUGAAUUACACAAGAUUUUCACCUAACAUUGACCCAGAAUCCAGUUAUUUG